GUUACUGUGUUCACUUCACUCCUGAUCGUCCUCAUUCAGAAGCGAGUUUGACCACUGAGUUUUACAUCAUGGCCAACAAAAUUGCUGAGACCACUCAAAGUCUUUCAACCGCAGCAGAGAUGCGCGAAACUACCAAGCUGUUGAUGCAGCCCAAAGCAAAUUGGGAGGAGUAUCUGACUCCUGCUCCACUAUCUAUUGCUAUCUUGGGAGAACUUGUCUUCAUUUCCUCCAAUGACGACUUCUCCAUUAACAAGAAUCCUCCAGCAGGGGGCUUCAAGCACAUAAAGUACCCAGACUCCUUCAGGGCCUGUCUCAUGCAAAUCUGUAACUCAGGCUGGGAGGCAUUUAAUGACGCUCACAAUGGCAUGGAUAGGAUCCGCCUUCACACUGGCACAAUACCCAAUUAUAUUAAGACGUCAGUCGACAUUCUUUUCAAUGCCAGUGAUAAAGUUAUUGAAACUCUCCUGCCAGAUCAACUCGAAAACAUUCGUUCUAUUGCUGAUGACUGUGUGGAACAAGCAACCAUGGUUGAGAAGAGGUAUUCUGGUGUCAUCAGUUUAAUAGGGGAGUUGUUGGAGGCCUGUGUCAAUGCUGAGCACUUUUAUGGAGAAGAGCUGAAAGAAGUGAAGAAGAAAAUAAAGGAAAACAAAAUGAGGGAACAGACUGCCAGAAUGCAAAAUGAUCAGACCAAGAAAGCAAUGCAGGCCAUGGCAAAGCAGAUGGAAGAAGCACAAGAUGCUUACAAGCAAUCCAUGGACUCUCUUCCCUCUGGAUUUGAAGUGAUUGGCCUGAAUUUUGUUGAUGGUAUACAAUCAAGUGUAGUAGGAAUGAUGAAUGGAAUGGUUAAUCUGGUGGGUGGUAAUGUCAAUACAUCAAAUGCAUCAUCAGAAGAUCAUACUCAUGAGAGUGGGGAUGCAUGUGCUGAUGAGAAUUGUGAUGCAAUUUCACAAAUCAAUGCCAGCUGCACGUCUGGAGAGAUCCUGAGUCUUGCAACAUGUUUCGAUGAAUAUGUCAGUGAAAGUGAUAUAGACUGGAAAAAACUGUAUGAUGAGAAGAGCAAAAGCACAAACACUGCAUGGAACAAGGACCAAUUCACACGACUCUUAAAACAACUGGAUGAGAUCCCAAAGGGCCCUCAAUGCAAGGAUGCUCUUUCACUCUGUGAAACAGGUAUCGAGAUCUGCGAAGACCUGGCAACAUAUAACCCAGGUAAGAAGUGGGACAUCAAGUCAACUGUAAAGCUGUUGGGGAGCAUUAAUAAGUUGAAGAAUGCUGCUCACAAAUUUGAUUCAAAGGCCAAGAAAACUUUAGGUACCCCAGCUCUUGCUGCCAAAGGACCAAUGAAAUACAAAUCAGAGAAGACCAGUUCAGCAAAUCAACACAAGUUUGCCGGUCAGGUAGCAGUUGAAAAUGCCCGUUUCCAAAUUGAGCAGACCAGAGCAGAGCUCAAAAACACACGAGAGUCAUAUGGAAAGGCUGUUGAGAACAUGGAGAAGAAAGAACAGGAGCUGAAUGCUGUACUGAUUGAACUGCAACGCUGUGAAAUCAAAGAGAUUAGCUUUGACCAAACCAUCAAAAUGCUGGUCAAGGGUCUUGAUGCCAUGGGAAGAGUACAAGAGCAGUGGAAGAAGAUGGUGCGCUUCUUCCAAAUGAUCUCCAACAUCAUCCAAAUCAGCCUCAACAAAACACUGACAAACUUUGUCAAAACAUCUGAUUCAGCAAUGAAGCUAAACUACAAUGAAAAGCUCUAUACAAAAGACCUCCUGUACAUGCAGGCAUUUCAAGCCUCAAAUGUUGCCAGCCUGGUCCACAUGAUCUCAUCCACCUACACUGAAGUGUCUAACGAGUACCUGAUGGACAGAGUGAGCAGCCUGGGCAAACUCAUGGCCAUGGAUAAAGAGAAACCAGAGUUUCUUAUAGAGCGUCAGAAGCUGCAAAGCUCCUGCACGGCAGCUCAAAAAGGUAUUCUGAGGCUAGUCCUGAAGAACAAGAGAGAAUUUGAGAGCAAGACCAAUGCCAGGAUGGCAAAAAUAGAGAAUGGAUUGAAAGCAGUUCUACCAGAAGCUUCAGCUGAAGAAACUCAGCGAAUCAAGGAAAAUGUUCAGGAAGGCUACGGAGAAGAAACACAGAAUUACUACUAACUGAUGUUAUUCAUUCAAGUUAUUCAUGUUUCUUGUUUGUUUGUUUUAUUUGGAAUCAGAGAAAAACAUGACUUGUCACAUUAAAUCUAUUAAGAAGUAACUCUUUAUUGCUUAAGUAUAGUCACACACAGUUUAUUGUUAAUAUCCAGUUGUUUUAAACUUGCUGAAUGCUUUGCACCUGCUUAAUUUGCUACAAUAUUCACAAUACAUGUUGCUUAACUAUUGAACAACCACACUGUAUUGUGAUUAACUAACCCGGGUCUUCUUGCAGCAUGAAGACCCGGGUUCGAGCCCCGGUUGGAACAAGGGCCUUUCUGCAUGGAGUUUGCAUGUUCUCCCCGUGUGUGCGUGGGUUCUCUCCGGGUACUCCGGCUUCCUCCCACAGUCCAAAAACAUGCAAUGUGGGGAUUAGGUAAAUUGGACACUCUAAAUUGACCAUAGGAGUGAGUGUGAGAGUGAAUGGUUGUUUGUCUCUAUCUGUGUGUGUGGCCCUGCGAUGGACAGGCGAACUGUCCAGGGUGUACCCCGCCUAUCGCCCGAUGUAGCUGAGAUUGGCACAGCACCCCCCGGGACCCUCUGGUGGAGGAUAAAGCGGUAGAUGAUGACUGAUGACUGACAUGUAUCACAAGUUGACUUAAAGCAUCAACUACUAUAGGAUAUUAUUGGCUAUAGCAGUUCUGUAUGUGUCCAUUUGAAUUAAAUACAGUAAAAUCAUUUCAGUGUGUGGUGGUUGAUGCAUGCGUGCCUAUAUGUGUGUGUGUGUGUGUGUGUGCGUAUGUGUCCAGUUAAUGAGCAUGACAUCUGAUGCGGAUACUGACAGAGCAGACAUAACAUGACUUUUGUGAUUUGCAGUUCUUUAUAAUGUCCAAUAUCUGUUUAAGGGACAUUUUUCAGUUAUUUCUGUCAUGUUAAAUUCCUGUUGGAGGGAUAUACUGUAACAUGCCCUUUGUGAUUUUCUUAUGUCAAAUAUAUUAAGACCUACAUUUAAAGUGAAUCAGAGUAAAAUAAACAAUUCUAUGGGAAGAAAGAGUAAAA